AUGGUGGACAACCCCCAGUGGAAACUGCUCAGCCUCAAUGUUGGUAACCCCAAAGGUAGCUACUCAGCAUCAACGUGGAUAACCCCCAUUGGUAACUACUCAGCCUCAACGAGGAUUACCCCAAAGCCCCAGGUUCCAGGCGUCUGGCUACAGCUUCCACAGCCACGAGUGGAGGAACGCCAAGCCCAGCCAAGGCAGCCUGUCCCCGUCAGCACCCGCCAGAGACACAACAUCCUGGCAGACCUGGGCCUCAGCGAUGACGAAUGGGACAGACCCACCGCCGGCGGGUUCACUGUGGGUCAUGACGGGACCGAGCCGGACCAGGAAGAGAACUUCUGGUCUCAGGCCCUGGAAGAUCUAGAGACCUGCGGCCAGUCUGGCAUCCUGAGGGAACUGGAGGCCACCAUUAUGUCCGGCAGCAGUCUGAGUCUGAACCAUGACCCUGCUCCUUGAGGAGCCACCUGGGUCGGCAGGCCAGCUUCCAGGAGCGGCAGCGCGCCCGGCCGCAGUACACCCAGUCUGCACGCUUCCAACACCCUGCCCAGCGACGGGGGGCGCAAGGCCUUCGCCAUGAGGAAGAUGAAACAGGAGAUAAAAUGACGUCAUGUCGCCCACCCCCGUGGACUGCACAAGGUAACGAUGAUAAACCACCACCAG